AUGCUCGAACAGGAUCGAUUGGGCCUUUGGGAGUAUUCUGCGCCCGCACAGUCCUUCGAUAUCUUCCUCUCCCACACCUGGCUAACGCCGGGGAGGUGGAAGGUUGUGUCCUUGCUCUUCCAAUCGGGCUAUCACUUCACGCUGGUUAGUGUGGUAACCUGUGUUGCUGCUACGUGCCUCCUUUGUGGCUGGCGAGUGCUGCCGAUGCCUUUCACCUACAUUGUUGAUUAUCCUGAUUUUGAAGCACACUACCCUUAUGCUCCCUGGCCUUCUAUGAUGGGCCUCCUGAGCACGGUAUCUUGGAUUCCGUUCAU